UCUCGUGGCUAAUUGAUGAGCCGAGUUCUAGUAAACCUCGUGAGCUCAUUAAUGAGCCGAGUUCGAGUCACACACAAACCAAAGUUUUAGUUAACAAGAUGUGCUCGAACUCUAUUUGUUUAUUAGCGAGUCAAGUCCAACCUAAAUCAAAACUCGAUUCGACUUGUCUCGUCUCAUUUGAAGUGCUAGUGAACUAGCUUGUCCUCUAGUAAUAGCAGAUGUGUAAAACCCAAAAUAAACCGGGUCGGGUGGGAACGAAGUCUCCUCUAAACCUAAAAAUUUGGGGUCAUUCUCCUCUCUCAUGGAAGUCAACAGUUUCCAGUCUUUAUUGGCGUAUACUUUUCAGCGCCGGCAAGGUCUGGUCGCUUGGCCGAUCGACUGCACAUAUCCUCCAAUCAUUCCCCCACUUCCUUUCAUCUUCUUCUUCUUCUCGUCCUAGUGAGAAGAAAUACAGCAACCGCACUAACAACUUGUCUUGUUUCUCCAAAAGAUAUGAUCAUCAUUCACUACUAUACUCCAUUGUCACUUUUGUUUAUAGCAGAACUGUAAAGUUCAUGUCGUCAUUCAGAUUCUGUCUCUAGUUCUACCCAAUCCAGUGGACAUUAAACUAUUUCAAUCAACCAACAGCCGAAACAAAGAAAGAAAACAGACAUCGUUUCAUUCUAUAUAAUAAAUCUAGAGGAUUGGUGGGUCUCCCUUCUUUAGAUCUUUGCUUCUUAGGCCUCAACCCCCACCAUUCUUGUUAACCAUGUUGAUUCUUUGACAUUUCAUGUUCCUUAUAGUAAAGAAAAGACAACUAAUCCUCUUCUCUUCGGUAGUAGUCGAAAAUAUAUCUUGUUCGAACGAUUUUUGAAUACAAACAAGAAUAUACGCAAUCGAUACAAAAAUAAAAGUAAACCAAGAUAAGACAAUCAACGAACUUAGGUUUGAUCUAACUAUUAGUUGCGGUUGGUUUGCAAAGGACUUCUUGUUUGAUCGAAUUAUUGAGGGAGGGGACACUCAUUUUCAGACUAUUCAAUUCAAUGUCGAUUAGAAUGAGAGAGUGACAAAGAAAGAGAUGACAAGAUUUGAUUCCUUCAUUUUCCCAGACCUUCCCCUCUCUUUCUCUCAGCCCUCAUCUCUGAAAUAGUCAAAGUCUGCGUUCCCUUCCUUCUCUGCUUAUCCUCCAUGUUUAUAAACUUCCCUCCGCCCCAUCCAUUUGCUACCAACUUGCAGCCCUCUGUCCCUCUCUUUUCAUUCUUAUCCCUGCAACUUGUAUUAAAAAAAAGCUCUACUCCCAACCAUUGUUUCAGUGUGCAGUAUUUGAACGAAGCUCAAGUUGAGCUGGAGCAAGCCUUUGCAAAUCUGUUUGUCAGUUCAGUCUUCUGGGGUUUUGAUCGAUUGAGAGAUGUCGUCCUACGGGAGCAACAUGGAGCGGACUCUGGAGGAGACGCCGACGUGGGCCGUCGCCGCCGUGUGUUUUGUGCUGGUCGUUAUUUCCAUCUUCAUCGAACAGCUGAUCCAUCUCGCCCAUAAGUGGCUGCAUAAGCUGCACAAGCCAGCUCUAGUGGAGGCGCUGGAGAAAGUGAAGGCGGAGCUGAUGCUGCUGGGUUUCCUCUCGCUGCUGCUCACGGUGUUCCAAACCCCAAUCUCGAGCAUUUGCGUCUCCCAGAAAAUUGGAGCUUCUUGGCAUCCUUGCAAUAAGAAGGAAGAGAAAUCGGCCGAUUCAGGGGACAACCGCCGUCGCCUUCUCGGGUUCUUGGAUCCUGAUGUGGUUGUGAGGCGAAGCUUGGCCACAAAAGGAGUUGACAAGUGCACUGAAAAGGGAAAAGUAGCGUUUGUGUCGGCGUAUGGUAUUCAUCAGCUGCAUAUAUUUAUCUUCGUGCUGGCUGUUUUCCACAUCCUUUACUGCAUCCUCACCUAUGCCCUGGGAAGAACCAAGAUGAGGAAGUGGAGGCAAUGGGAGGAUGAGACCAAGACACUUGAGUAUCAGUACCAUAAUGAUCCAGAGAGAUUCAGGUUUGCAAGGGAUACAUCUUUUGGCCGUCGCCACUUGAAAAUUUGGAGCAAGUCUACAAUUCUUCUCUGGAUUGUCUGCUUCUUCAGACAGUUCUUUAGAUCAGUGACCAAGGUGGAUUACAUGACCCUGAGACAUGGGUUUAUCGCGGCACAUUUGGCCCCUGGGAGUGAGAACAGAUUCGACUUCCAGAAAUACGUCAACAGAUCUCUCGAGGACGACUUCAAAGUUGUUGUAGGCAUCAGUCCGGUUCUGUGGUUCUUUGCAGUGUUAUUCCUGAUGUCCAAUACACAUGGAUGGUUUGCUUAUCUCUGGCUACCCUUCAUUCCACUAAUUAUAAUCCUGGUGGUGGGAGUAAAGCUUCAAGUGAUCAUAACCCAGCUGGGACUCCGAAUUCAGGACAGAGGCGACGUCGUUAAAGGCGCCCCUGUCGUUCAGCCAGGAGACGACCUCUUCUGGUUCGGCAGCCCUCGCCUCAUCCUCUCCCUCAUCCAUUUCUGCCUCUUCCAGAACGCAUUCCAGCUCGCCUUCUUCAUUUGGAGCGUGUAUGAAUUCGGUAUCAAAACUUGCUUCCACGAGAAGACCGAGGACAUCGUCAUCCGAGUCGUCAUGGGGGUGAUAAUCCAGGUGCUCUGCAGUUACGUGACCCUGCCGCUGUACGCACUGGUGACACAAAUGGGUUCCAACAUGAGGCCGACCAUCUUCAACGACCGGGUGGCGACGGCGCUCAAGAACUGGCACCGGACGGCGAGGAGGCAGACUCGACACGGCACCCCGACCUCCAGCCGGCCACAGACGCCGACGCACGGCAUGUCCCCUGUCCACCUCCUCCACAACUACCGGAGCAGCACGGCUCCGGACAGCCUCAUGAACUCUCCGGCCAGAAACUCCAACUUCGACACCGAUCAGUGGGACCCGGAGGCCCUGAACUCGCCGUCUCACCACAACUUCAGCAGUCACGGCGGCAGCAACGCCGCCGCCGGGCACCGGGAGGCAGAGGAUCAGUUCCAGUACAACAUGAGUUUGAGGCAGCAGAAGCCGCCGCAGCAGCUGCAGCUGGAGGAGGAAGAGGGGGGAGAGGAUGUGGUGGUGGCGGUGAGGAAUAUAGAGCGGGUGGCGGCGGAGGAGAUGCGGCUGCCGCCGGGGCCGGGAUCGAUCAGGACGCAGCAUGAGAUGAACAUUGGGUUGUCGGAUUUCACUUUCAGGAAAGGGUAGAGAUCAGAAUUCAGAGCUAUAUAUAUAGAGAGAGAGAGAGGAACUGAAUCCGGUGGUAUCUGAGUUUUCGUAAUUUUUGGAUUAGAGAUGGAUGGAAUGUACAUUCUGUUGUACAUGAUGAUAAAAUUGAAAGCCAUGAUGUAUUGUAUAGAAUUGUCAAUUGUUUGUUGUACCAAAGAGAAAGGGAUAUUAGGUUAAAACAGUCCAUAAAAGUUGCAAGGAAGGCUGGUUAAUUAACGGUUAUGCACCUUAUCCCGGUUUUGAUUUUGUUUCAUACACAAAUGUUGCUUUAGCUUACACAUCUUUAGUCAACAAAUUAAUGUUUAGUAAAUAAUCGGGUUAAUUGCAUGGUUGGUCAAUGAGAUUAAAAAAAAACGUUCAUGUAUAGUCACCCGAAAUAUUUAAAUCCAUUUGUGUGCACUAAAAUUAGUAAAACCGUUCAAGUUUGGUCACUCUCCGUUAGUCUCCAUUAACCAAGACUGUUAUGUGCUGAGGUGGCAGACGAUAUCGUCUUGUCAGUCUAAUUUAACCAAAAAAUAAUGAAACCGAACCAGCCAUGUCACUAUGACCCGUCUUAUCAUUUUGUCCAUCCUAACCUAACCCUUGAAUCAAACUGACCCACCUACCCCUUAGGCAGAGGGAUUAAGAAGAUUCCUUCCAACAAAGAGUAGAAGAAGAGGCAGGUGAGAGGCUUUAGCAGGGGUUUGGAUGAAGGAAGCCAGGAAGAGGAAGCUUUAACAGGGGGUUGAGAGAUGAAGGGGGAAGACUGGAAGGUUUUGGUUCUUCUUUCUGUUUCGGUCUCUAAGGAGAAAGAAAUAGAUGAUUUAGGCAGUUGUGGUUAGGGAAUGGAAUUAUGAAGAGAUGGGGAAGAAAAAGGAGAAGAUCCAGAAGAAGCUCUUGCACCAAAGAGGGGAUUUUUUUUUAAAUCUCUCCAUCAGAGAAGGGUUGAGAGAAGAAGACAGAGAGAUGGGAAUCUGUGUUGGUUUAUUUUAUUUUUUUCAUUUUAAAUGAUUAAUCAUAAUCUGACAUGGCGGGUCUAAUGACAUGGCGGGUCGGGUUUUAUGACGUGACAUGUUAAAAUGGGGUGAAUCAGCAUAUUUGUUAGCCACAUCAAAAUAACUGACGGUGUUAACGGAGAGUGACUAAACUUGGACUGUUUUACUAAUUUUAGUGACCACAAAUGGAUUUAAAUAUUUCGAGUGACCAAACAUGAACGUUUUUUGUAAUCUCAGUGACCAACCAUGCAAUUAACCCGUAAAUAAUCAGUUAUUAGUUAACAGAUGAUCAUGGGGUAGUUAAUCAUUUGUCCCCUUUUGGUCCAAAUAAUAUUAGGCUACAAAUAAUGUUGAUAAAAAAAAUUCAAUUGGACAAAAUUUUGAUAAGAAUCAAUUAGAAUUGGAGUUAUGUAUUAGGAUGAAUGCAUUUUGAGAAACUAGUCGAAUGAGUUCUUUCGCGAGAUAGAUUCGACAAGUGUCCUAAAGUUGUUGAGUAUAUUAACAUUAACUACUAAUCCCAGCAUACUACGAAUCCCCCACCAAGCAAUCACUCGUUAGUGCUUCACUGUGAUGGGUCGUUUUUUAGCGACUCCUAAACAGCGGCAUAUGAUGUUGUGGUUGUUAACCUGCCACCAUGGACAAGUGUGUGAUAGGCGAGCUGAGACUCUUCUUUGUGCCACCCCGAAUUGAAGCGGAAGCGAAAGCUCUCUUGGAAGGUCUAAAAUUAUCAAAAGAAUAUGGAUCGGAAUGUAAAGUUCAAUAUGACUUGUAAGCUUUUGGUAAAAGCUCUGAACAAUAAUCAAUCUCGUUGGCCCUGGAGGUGUACUGCAUGGAUUAACUCUAUGGUCACUAUUCUUAGGACUAACUCUGUCAUUAAUGUUAAAGAGGUGUCGAGGACGCUGAAUGUCAGAGCUGAUUGGGUGGCACGCUCGAAGGCUAUAUCUACGUUGCCAGAUGACUGGAUCAAUAUUCUUGAUUUAAUUUCUAAUCUCUUUUAAGACUGCAAUCGUUAAUUUCGAUUGUUUCUUUCGAAGGUGGAAUAAAAGUUGAUAUUGUUGUAAAAAAAACUACUAAAAUGUAAAAUAAAGUUGGUCGGUGGGUUAUGUGAUUUUAUUAUUAUUAUUUUUUAUGAAUGAUUUUAAUGAGUAGUUAGCCACAAAAACUACUCACAAGUUUACCAACUGUUGGGUCUAGUAUUAACCCGCCUAAUACGGGCCCAAGCCCACCACAAAGCGUCUCACCUUGGGCCCAAGCCCAUUCUAGGGUCCAGUACACCGGGAGACGUCCAGUCCACCCGGGGGGCGUCCAUCAUCGGGAGGCCUCCAGCCUACCCGGGGGCGUCCACCACCGGGAGGCGUCCAUUCACCGGAAGGCGCCAUCGACGGGAGGCGUCCAGUCUACCGGGGGCGUCCAUGACAACGGGAGGCGUCCACAGGAUGCCUCCGGCUCCUAUAUAAGGAGGCCAGACCCUCCAAGCAAAGGAUUUUCUUCUCUCCCUUCCCUCACUUUACCACUUAUGGUUCUCUCUCUAAAGCUUAUCUCUCUCUACAUUCUCUACACUCUAUCAUAUAUCCUAUUCUAACUUGACCGUCGGAGUGUAGAUCACGGGGGCCGCCCCCCGACUCUCCACAGGAUUCUUCCACUCCCGAGGAGAUCAGACGAGGGAGUCCGGAUCAAGGUUCCGCACUAAUCCCCCGGUACUAAUCCGGGUCAAACAUUUUGGCGCCCACCGUGGGGCCUGAUUUCGGUAUUCUUUCAUAUGAUUUCUAAAGGAGGAAGCAAUCGACACUUCCCUCAUUAAGUUCAAGCUCUUGCAGCUUCACAAAUUUGUAGAUCUGGGAAUAUCUUCCCCCAACAGAGAAAAAAUAAUUAAAAAGUUUGGGAGAUCCCUACUCCCCCUUAGAAACGAGGAAGACAUCUCAAAGUUCCAAUCUACUUUCUUGCGAGCCAAUAAUCGCCAACGACAAUCCCAUCAGAGGAUUGAAAGAAAGAAGAAGCAGGAGAUCUCAACCAAACUUCACAACUCGUCGCCGUCACUCAACUCAACCAGAACAGCCUGCCGUCGUUGUUAGUCGCCGCCCCCUUGCUCAUCUCUGUCGGCGCCGGCAUCACCCCCAUCGACAAACACCCCCAAGAAUCCAUCACCGAUUUUCUCUUGUCCAUCUCAAGACAAAGACGACAAUAACAGUCAACAUUACUG